AUGGACCACCAUACCCUCCAUGGACCACCACACCCUCCAUGGACCACCACACCCUCCAUGGACCACCGCACCACACCCACCAUGGACCACCACACCCUCCAUGGAUCCACCACACCCUCCAUGGACCACCACACCCUCCAUGGACCAUUACACCCUCCAUGGACCACCACACCCACUAUGGAUCCAUCACACCUACCAUGGACCACCACACCCACCAUGGACCACCACACCCUCCAUGGAUCCAUCACACGCACCAUGGACCACCACACCUACCAUGGACCACCACACCGUGUCACCAUGGACCACCACACCCUCCAUGUAUCCAUCACAGCUACUCUGGACCACCACACCUACCAUGGACCACCACACCUACCAUGGACCACCACACCCACCAUGGACCACCACACCCUCCAUGGAUCCAUCACACCCACACUGGACUACCAGACCCACCAUGGACUACCACACCCUCCAUGGAUCCAUCACACCCACCAUGGAUCCAUCACAACCUCCAUGGACCAACACACCCACCAUGGACCACCAUACCCACCAUGGGCCACCACACCCUCCAUGGAUCCAUCACACCCACCAUGGACUACCACACCAACAAUGGACCCACCACACCCACCAGACACACCAUACACCAACUACAACCAACAUGCACACUCCAUACACACACAACACACAUGA